GAGACAGGAGAAAGUCCACCGUCAGCCUCACAGGGGUCUGUCUGGAAAAAAAAACCUUCCACAGGAAGCCUUUCAGUCCAGGACAGGCAUGAGACUGAGACUAAAUGUUGAAAAAUAUCUUCCAGCGUAGCCUUUAACUGUGUGUGUAUGUGUGUGUGUGUGUCUAUGUUAGAAGAUGAAUGUGUAUCUGCUGGUCCUGUGUCUGGCUCUGCUGCAGCAGGAGGGAAGAGCAGACCCAGACACUCAGGGCUGCCACAGUCCUGAGGCGGUGAGAACAGCAGAGGAGGUUCUGGAGCAGAUCAACCAGGACCGGACUAAUGGAUACAUCCUGGGCCUCAACAGAGUGUAUGACCUUUCACACACUCCUGAAACGGUUAAUUCUGGGUCCCUGUACAAACUGACUAUUGAUGUCCUGGAGACCAAAUGUCACAUCACUAGCAAGAAAUCAUGGAAAGAAUGUGAAAUUCGAGAUAUAUCUGCUGUUCCAGUGUACGGAGAGUGUGAGGUAUCUGCCUUGGUUGGUGACCAAGUGAAACUUCAGAGAUACUCAUGUGUACUGCGUGAAGUUCCUGCCACUGCAGUAGUGAGUGUGUGUCCCGACUGUCCCACGGCUGACAAUUUGAACGAACCUGUUGUGAAGGAGACGGUGAAUCUGUCACUGGAGAGGUUCAAUGCAGAGAGCGGACUGGCUAAUAUCUUCGGCCUGGAGAACAUCACCAGAGCCAGCUCACAGUGGGUGGUUGGGCCGUCCUACUUUGUGGAGUUCACUAUAGUGGAGACGGUGUGUUCAAAACAAACAGAUGUCAGCGAACUAAGCAGCUGUCAACCGAUGGACUGUCAAUUUGCACAUAGAGGUUUUUGUUCAGGCUCACACAUGACUGAAGACGACCAGUUUGAAAUCAGACCCAUUGCUGGAAAGAACUUCCAGGACAGGAAGGCUGUGGAAGUGAAGUGUGAAAUCUACGAACCACAGGCUGCCACUGUGGAGGAGCGUGCCCAUGCCAAAGCAGAUACUGACCACACUGUUAACCAGCAACACAACCACACACACCUGCAUGCCCAUGAGCAUGUACACAAAAAUUCACCUUCUGACGUCACUAUUACCUCACCACAGAACUCUCUGGGAACUGUGGUGUAUCUCGCGGCCACGCCCAGAUCUGCCCCCGCGGCCAAGUUGUGUCCUGGCCCACGUCGACACGAUCUGGGUUUAGGCAGAUUCAAACUCUGACGGGCAGAAUGUGGAUCUAUGUCCUUUCAUCUGUCUCUGUGUGUUAUAUCUAAUUACAUUGGACAAAGAAAAUGGUGCUUGUUACUUAUCAAAUUAAACUGAUUGUUGAAUUAAAGCAGUUGGAAAACUGGCA